AUGGGUUUCUGUUCAAAGGUCGGUCUUGUUAUCUUGGCCAUUAUUUUCCCUCCCUUAGCCGCCCUCAUCUGUGUAGGAUGUAGUGGACAUUUCUGGCUCAAUGUUUUGCUUACUAUUCUUGGUUGGAUUCCAGGUGUGAUUCAUGCUUUGUAUCUUGUUCUUUCAGGAAAGCAUCAUAAUCACCACAGUUAA